AUGUCUCAAGCUCAAGAGCUCAUGCUUUAUCAUACCGUUAUCCGCGACAUCUACGCGCCUAUCGGCGAAGUUUGGGGUAUCUUGGGAGGCUUCGGGGCCGAGAAGUCUUGGUAUCCAGGGUGUAUCAAGCUCAGCCUGGAGGGAUUCGGCAUUGGCAGCAUCCGCACGUUUAGCUAUGAGUACCCUGCUGGUCCACACAAAGGGGAGCGCUAUGAAUUCUCAGAAGAAUUGACUGAAGUGGACGCUGGGAACCACUCAAUGACGUUCAAAGUGAGAAGGCCCGACUACCCCGACAUGAUCGCGUUUGGGACGACUGCGCUGGAACCUAUCGGCCCCAACAAAACCCGUUUUAUCUGGAGUGCUAGAGGAAGUCCACUCCCACAGGAACAUUCAAGAGUCUUGGUUGAGGACUUGGACUUGCGCUUCUCUGGCUUAAUCGCAGCCAUCGCCAAGCAAGUAGAAUAA